AUGCCUAUCACCAACCGACAAGCCAUCUACGCCAAUACGCCCUCUCCGGCAAUCGAUCCCUCCUUGUCGAACGGUACCUUCAAGAUCUCAACCACAACAAUCUCCGACAAUGUCCCCGAUGACAAAGUCCUUGUGCGCGUACACUACCUUUCGCUCGACCCGGCCAUGCGGCAGUGGCUCACAGCGAAACGAUCCUACAUCGCCCCUGUCGAACGUGGUAGCGUCAUGCGCGGCCAGAGUAUCGCGCAAGUGAUCGGCGUCGGAAGCAACCUUAAAACUCAAUACAAAGCUGGAGACUGGGUGAUCGCCUACUCGGGCUGGCAAGAGUAUGCCUUGCUGGGACAAAAGGAGGCACAGAAGGUGGUCAUUCCUCCGGGAUGCAGGCCGACCGAUGCAAUGUCGGUGCUGGGCAUGACCGGCCUGACAGCAUACUUUGGCAUGACGGAAGUUGGACAACCAAAGCCGGGGGAUACUGUCGUUGUCUCAGGUGCUGCGGGUGCUACUGGCAUGGUAGCCGGACAGAUCGCUAAGAUCAAGGGUGCAAAGAGAGUUGUUGGGUUGGCAGGCAGCGCUGAGAAAUGUGCCUUCCUGCGUAACGAGUUGGGCUUUGAUGCUGCUAUCAAUUACAAGGACAAGGAUUGGAAGAAGCAAUUGAAGGAUGCGACUCCGGAGUACAUCGAUGUCUUCUUUGACAACACCGGAGGUGAGAUUCUUGAUGCUUGUCUUGCUCGGGCUGCGCGCGACGCUCGGUUUGCCAUCUGUGGUGCGAUCAGCCAGUAUAACUCUGCUAAGCCGCAGGGUCCAGCUAGCUUCAUGACUGUUAUUGGUUUCAUCGUCUUCGACUACGCUAAGAAAUACCCGAUCGCCCUGAAGGACUUGUCCGAGUGGCUGACGCAGGGUAAGAUCAAGCGCAAGGAGCACAUUGUUCCGGGUGGGUUGGAGGCUGCGCCUCAGGGUUUGGUAGACCUGUAUGGGGGUGUUAAUACGGGCAAAAUGAUGGUUGAGGUGGCUCCUGUGAGUGAGGCGAUUGGAGCCAAGGCCAAAUUGUAG